AUGUCUAGCAGCGCCGUAGGACGGGUCGAACGCAAGAGAUUGCGCCCUGGGGGCUGCGUAGCGUGUAGCGCCGCGGCGGAGGGGUCCGAACCGGGCUUAUACCCCUGUUUACAAUGUAUGAUCAUAACGGGGCGGCAAUGUGAGCGACGGCCACAUGCUCGUGAACGAGCAGCUGUCGCGUCGGGCCAAACCAGCGCGGGCUCAUUGCCAUUCCCCGACUCAGCAGGAUUGAGUUCGACAUCCGACUCGGCUACUAGCUCGACAUCCGUCCUCCGCCCCAAUACCACCGCCUCGAGCUCACUCAGGGAGACUGGCGUCCACCAAGAAUAUCAUCGUGGUCCGCCUCUCCCGAAUCAUGUGCCACGCAUGUUACGUCGCGUUUAUGGGUCAGCGCUCGACGGGCUCUUGCUCCCAUCUUCGGAGAUAAUAACUCGUUUUCUGUACUAUGCGCCAAUGUUUAAAGAGGUCAUCAACGUCCAGGACAUGAUCGCCAUUUUCAAUGGUGAAACGACCGACGAAUCAGCUUAUCCGACCCUCGCGCUCGUACAUGCCAUCUGUGCAGUUGCGUACCUCGCUGACCCGUCUACCUCGGACGCGGCACCUGCCGAAGCGCAGAAAGCUCAGAUGGCGAACGAUCAUCUAUUCGAAACGGGCCGAUCUAGACUGGGGACUUACUUCAUCCUCACCGUAAUUAUUCGUUGUUUCUAUAACCUUUAUCAAGGCACCUUGAUGCAGAACCACCGCCUCUCGGUCGAAGCCGUCGGAUGGUGCAACUCGGCGGGACUACAUCUCGAUCCGGACCUCUUGCCGGAUGGCAACGUGGUGGGGGAGCACCCAUUGAUCAUUACGGCGAAUCUAUUCUGGUUGACUAAUAUCUUGAAUAUACAAGUUCUUGUUUGUUCCGUCCCGUUCAGUCUGGGCCUGUUGAGAAACUGCGAAAUCACUGUACCAGUCCCUUCGGCUCUCGACAUACAUGGGCAACGACUGGGCGAGAAACAAUAUGUAGACUCGCCGGACCUCUUUUCAUACCAUGAACACACCACCUGGCUGGGCCUCUACGCUAAGACCGCCAUUCUCCUUCGCGAUACCCAGUACUUUGUCAACCGCAUCAUAACCGUCCGAAACCCAAUGCCCAUCGACGACGUCAUCAGCGAACUCGACCGGAUAGGGGAGAAAUUAUGUGCCUUACAAGACAGCUAUAUGCAGGUCGAUUGUUCGCCGGCGCAAGUUUUGAUUGUCAGAGCUAUGAUUGCUGCAUGUCAUAUUUUACCGCGAGCGCCGUGUAUGCGCGGAACGCAUCAUCGAGGAAUACACCAUAUGCGUGCAGAUCACUUUGGGAGGAUCAUACAUACCGUAGGCGAGGAUGCACUCCAUAUCACCCAGACUAUGAGUCGCGCUCGCAUCCCAGAUAUUGAGCCUUUCCUCGUUUACACGUGGAUGAUGGUGAACCGGAUUUGCCUCCAUCCGGAUACAUCCCCCGAAUUCGAGGGACAGCUCGAUGCGACUCGGUCCGUCGCUAUCGCCGAUGCCACCUUUAAAGCAAUAGAAGCGGUAGAAGCUGUGGGUGUGCCUGCCGCACAAGGCUGUAUGCGGAUUCUUCGAUCAUCUAACGGGAUAUUACCGCCUGACGCUCCGCUGUGUCCUUCCAGCGCAAACAAGGGUCGGGACACGGAACAGAGAAACGUAGCGCUAGCAGAAAGCCCGCUGGUGCUCACUCUGUGGCCAUUGAUGGACAAACCUGCAGCUAUACAUCUGCCUGAAUAUCUCCCACUAGGUCCCAUCUCCAGCAACGCCAACAAGCUCAUCUCGAAUCACGCCGCCACCGCGGCACCCUGCAUGCUACUCUAUGCCCAGAGGUCUUCCCGAUUCGCCGCCGACACGAGCACGUGCAUACCAAGUGUGAGGAUGCAUUUGACUCGAACUACUCCUACUUAUAUAGUCCAGGAUCUAACGGCCGUUAACGGCCGUUCUCCCCUUAACGCCGUUGACCAGCCCUUUAACGGCCGUUUUCCCGUCAAGACGCCGUUAACGCCCAAGGGUCGCGCCAAUGGCCGCGAUGGUCUUUCGCUCAUCCCAUGUCUCCUCUCGCCAGGUCACUGGCGUUGCGUCCUUGGUCCCGUUCUCACUUCCAUGUGCGAUAUCGUCCGCCUGCGAUUGACCAGGAAUUUGACCGCCAUCGCUCGGCUGGUUCCUGAUCGCCUCCUCGAUGGCUUUGAGCCUGCUGGUGAUCUCGGCUUGACUGGGGAGUCGAGUGAUCGCGAGUCGACAGAUCCGGAGCUGGAUCUUGCGUCUGUGCAGUGA